AUGGCCUGGGUCCUGUACUACUACACUCCAUCUGGCCCAGCCGCUGGCAUCUUUGUCGCCCUAUUCGGCCUAGUUACUAUCGUCCAUUUCUACCAGCUCAUCCGAACCCGGACCUGGUUCAUGGUCCCCUUUUGCAUUGGAGGCAUCCUGGAAAUAAUUGGCUACAUUGGCCGUCUCCUUUCCUCGCUGGAAACACCCGAUUGGACCAAGGGUCCGUAUGUCAUCCAGAGCGCCCUGAUUCUGAUCGCACCCGCUUUGCUCGCCGCGAGUAUCUAUAUGACCCUGGGCCGAAUCAUCCUCCUCCUCGAUGCUGAGAAAUGCUCGCUCAUCCGACUGCAAUGGUUAACCAAGAUUUUUGUAUCGGGUGACGUGCUUUCCUUUUUGAUGCAGGCGUCCGGCGCCGGCGUCAUGGUUGCAAACUCGAAUCCGUCCACCGGUGAACAUAUCAUUCUAGGUGGUCUAUUUGUGCAAAUUAUUUUCUUCGGCUUCUUCAUGAUUACGUCCAUGGUUUUUGAGAUACGCAUCCGCCGGAACCCUUCGCGUGCUUCGGUCGAACUGGCCCACGUCCGGCACCGUCACAUGGUAGCCCUUUACAUCACCAGUGCUCUGAUUUUAGUCCGCUCGGUGGUACGGGUGGUGGGGUAUCUGCAGGGAUACGAUGGAUAUCUCCUGCGACACGAGGUCUUUCUCUACGUCUUCGAUGCCCUUCUGAUGCUGGCGGCGAUGGGCGUGUUGCAAUAUACACACCCCAGCGAGGUCAAUUGCCUUCUGGGAUGGAGCAACAAGUACUUGGAGAAAGUGUUCCAGACGCGGCGGUCGGUAUCUCGGCCCGCAAUGGAGAUGGAUGGGAUGGCGUAG